ACCAGCCGACCACGCCCACUUACUAGCGAACAGUGAGUCAGAUAGAUGUUGUUAGCGAUAUUCUUGAACUUGUCACUAUUUGGUUGCCAAUAAUUUUAUCACCAUCAUGGAGAAGGGGAUGGCAGUUUUCCAAGAUGUGUUCAGAAGAGCUGAUAAAAAUGAUGAUAAUUGUCUCUCUCUUGAUGAGUUCAAAUCCUACUUUGGGGAUGGGAUUCUGACUGUAGAGGAGCUGGAGGAACUCUUCAAUAAAAUAGACACACACGACACCAAUAAUAUUGAUGUAGGGGAGCUCUGUGAAUAUUUCUCAGCCAACCUUGGUCCAUUUAAAGAGAUAUUUGGUGGAGUGGAAGACAUGUCUGCAUUUGUUUCUCAAGCACUACAGCAAACAGCACAGGUGUAUCCAGACAAGUCUUUUCAUGAUCAGUUCACAGUGCGUGUCCUUUUGAAGGAGAUAUCAGGCCAGCUAUCUUCUCUCAUGAGGAACAUUGAUGCAGCCUCAGAUCACAUGGAGACAGAAGCUAUGAAAGACAGAGCACCCAUAUCUCAGGUGGCCAUCAUUGAGCCAGUAGUCAGUUCAUCAGCGGGAUGGGUGGCCAGAAGGGCAAGGCGUCAGCUAUCCACCCAGACAAGUAUCCCUGCUGAUGGUAUUCAUUCUUUGACCUCGGAGGUCAAUCGACUGGCUGACCUUGUGACCCGCCUGGAACAGAAGGUCAAGAUUAAUCCCGUUGAUGAAGAAAUCAUAUCUGAUGAAAGCAAGGCUAAUUUGGCAUUCUUAGUGAGUAGGAAGUUUACAGCAAUUGAGGAAAGGGACAAAGCUUUUCGCAGUAACCUCAAGACCUAUGUAGAAGCAGCAGGAAGGGAGGAUGGGUGCACAACUGUGAGUGUGAGAGCUUUUUCUGGAACAUCACAUUACGUUGUAUAUGAGAUCUGGGAGUCUGAGGAAGACUGGAAAAGCCAUUUUGCAAGUGAGUCAUCUAAGAUAUUUCGUCGUGAGAAUGUGGAUCUGUUGGACCGACCAGAGCAGCUCUCGUCAAUGGCCGUUCCAGCAAAAUGGAUCAUGGCACAGGAGUGAAUUCUUAAAAAAGGAACCUCUGAAUUAGCAAUUGACCUUUCUAAUUCCUAUCAUGAAAAACUGUAAAUAUUAUGCAGAGCAACAGUCCAGUAUGCAGUCAUAAGAGAGAUACCCUUUAUAUGCAGGACCCAGUGUCACAAACACUACUCUACCAUGAUAACAAUGUUCAACAGCCAAUCAAAAUCAAGGAUUCCAUGGAAGUGGCCUGUCAAUGACAGUGUUAUCAUGAUAGUAACUUAUUUAAAUUACAGGGCAUUUUCAUAUUUCAAGGUAUACAACAGAUUUGACCUUAACAUACAAGUAUUUUUUCUAAGGUUAUCAAAUAUAUUUAACAAUUAUUGUUUUAGCAUUGCACAAUUGCCCCUUUCUUCAUUGUAGGCAUUUUAUACAUACCUUGUAUAUGAAGUAUGACCAAAAUUUCUUUCUUUGUGUGUGCGUGUUUCUUUGAUACACAAAUAUAAAUCCUUGGAAUGUCAUGAUAAAUCGUUUAUCAAUCAGCCAUUUCCACGGCGGUUUGCAUGACAUUUAUUCAACAUGUACAAAAAAUUACCUGAAGACUUCAUUUGACAAACAUGUCAGUCUUGUGGGAAAUUUCCUUUUUAUGCACUCCAUUGCAAGAAAUGGGGCCCAUAACACAAAGCUUAGCAAUGAUCGUAGAACAUUUUUCUACAAUUGAUUCCAUUGACUACAAUAUACAAUCAAUCGUAAAAAUCAAGCGUACGAUUAAUCGUUAACCUUUGUUACCGGACCCUGGUGUUUUUUUUUAUGUAAUAGGUCAUGUAAUACAUGCUUCACUACAUGAUAUCAUGGAUUCAUUGUUUUUCCUUUUAUAUAAUAAUCAGUAAAUGAUGUUUUGGGGGUAUAUUUCCAGUGUCUAAAGUGUGAUGUCCCAGUUCUUGUGCCUAUUGCCAAUGGGAGGAUCUCCAUGGCAUGAGUGUUCUUGACAUUCAAAUGCUCAGAACUUUCUUAUUGUUUGUCCACUUUGACUCAAACCUUUAUUGAUCUUAUUCUUUCAUUUGCUGCUUUCACCCAAACUAACUUCAUUGAUGGGUUUCAUUCUCCCUGAAGAGCUGAACAACAUUAUUUUUGAAAGAAAGUAGUGUAAAAUCAAGAUCUAGACAUGUGUUCAUGUUCUUAGCCACAAUUUAAACUUUUUUAAGUGGUAUAUUUCAAAACUUUGUCGAAUUAAAAAUGUAACCUUUUGGUGAUACAUAAAAUGGCUAAUGCAUAAAAAAAUAAGUCUUUGUACAAGAAUGAAAAUAGCUGACAUUUCACACAUUAUUUCAAUACUACUAAAAGAUAGAAAAGCAAUAAAUUCAGCUAUAUAUAUGUAUAAAUUGCACCCUGCAGCUUGUAUGCAAAUAGAGUUAAAACUACCUAACAUCUUAUUUUUGUUUCUUUGUACAAUGUGUAUUCAUGUGGAUACAGUGUAUAUUGAUUUAUUAUAUUCUGAUAGUGCCUUAGAUUAUUAUUUGAAUAUGCUUAUUAGAAUUAGGAAUACUUAUCGCGUAAUUAUGGUUUGCUAUCUUAUGUGUAAAUUUUCAUAAAAAUCUAACAGCAUUAUAUGGGGUGGAAAAGUGCAGCAUCUUUAGAAAUAUGACUACUCAGAGGAUGCAAGUGGCCAGUUGGAAAAUUCUUUAUUUGAUAAAUGUCAUCAUUUGCAAUGUAUUAUGGGACAUAAUAUGCCAGUAUCUUUUACUCCUGGGAUGAUCAUGACACAUACAUUCCAUUUGGUAGUUGUCUCUCAUUAUUGAUCUCAAUAUCACUCAAAGUAUAGAAAUCUUACAAAUAGUAUAGAAAUCUGACAAAUAUAUUUGUUAAUAAGAAUAUCAUUAUUCAAAAGAAUAGUGUGUAAUUUAUCUUUCAAAAGUGCAUUGUUUAUUACAGUGGUCCUAUAUGAUAGUGCUAUUUGCUGUACCAUUAUUCUUAUAUAUGGUGAUCAAUGCAAGAUAUGUACAGCUUGUUAUGCAAUCGGCCUUGUUUAGUGUAAAUAUGUAUUUAUUAUACUGUUUAAUAUUUAUACUAAUGAUACAGGUUAGAAUAUGAAAAUAACCAUUUUAAUAAAUCUUGAAUCUUGAAAAUAAGGAGAAUUUCUUUUCUCCAUUUGAAGUAAUACAUCUAGUAGAUCAUUCUAAAAUAAAUCAAUCCUGAUUUUUUUUUAAUUAAGAAAAAUUUUAUUAGAGGAAUGAUAAAUGGUUGGAAUACAUUAGUUGGUUUUCAUAAUCCUUCAGUGGAUUUGGGCUAUACAUUAUAUUUUAUGAUUAAGAUAAAAAGUAAAUGGGGACUCAAAGAAUCAUAGAUUCAGAAAUGAAUAUUUAGCAUAAUUCUGUACAUUAUGAAUGUGUAUAAAUAAGCCUUGUGUAUGUUAAGUGUAUUAUGUGUUUAUUAAUUUUUUGCACAAAAGACAUGAUGGUACUGAAAACUGCACAAAUCAUUGCUAAAUUAUAGAGUAGAAGUUUAGAUAUUUGUGUACCAGUAAUUUCAUAUACUUUACAACAGCUUGAACUUGAUCAAUUAAAAAUAUUCGCAGUGUGUUACUUGUUGUUUAGUGUUUUUUUUUAUACAUACAAUUUUGAAGUAGAAAAUAGAAACUUUUAAUUUGUCAUUUAGAAAUUAGUAUUGGUAAAUUGAGUUAAAAUCAUUGGUUUCUUUUCUGCAGAAAGCAAAAUACAGUACUUAUUGCUGAAUGAGAAAUAUUUAUUAAAAUCAUUAGUGGUAUGACUAAGACAAGUAUAUCUUCUAAUUUUGCUGCACUCAACCCAGGUGAGGGGAAAGGUACUUAAUAGGAUAAAUUCAUUGAAUGAACCAACGGCUGGAAGCAGUAGAUCUAGCUGAAGCCAGAUGAUAUUUUUAUUUUGUACCCUCUGGAAAAUGCACUUUAUAUAUCCAGAUUAUAAUUGCUCUAAGCAUUGAUACAUGUUCUUUCAGUUUAGAUAAAAGUUAAAAAGUAAUAAAUUUGAGUAUUUCAACGAUAU